GAUGAUCAUCCCUUCGAGUGUGUGGACAUAUACAAACAGCCCUCCUUGCGGCAUCCUCUACUCAAAGAUCACAAGAUUCAGACAAAAUCAACGACGAGAUCUAAAGUAUGUCCAGAAGGGAUGGUGCCGAUCCACAAAACCAGAACCGGCGUUCGUCCUUUGUCCUCCCCCGCGUCUCCGUCCGAUUUCAUGGCGACACUGGACACCAAAAUCGACGGGAGUAUAUACCACGGGGCGAGCGCCUCUCUGAGCGUGAAUAAUAUGCCGUUCAAGGGCAAAUACACGAAAUCCCAGAUUUGGGUGGAGAACGGUCCUCCCCAAGAACUCAACAGCAUUCAAUUUGGAUGGGCAAUACAUCCCGAGUUAUAUGGGGACACUAUGUCGAGAUUCACCAUAUAUUGGACGGGAGAUGGUUAUGGAAAGACAGGGUGCUAUAACACAAUAUGCACGGGGUUUGUUCAAGACUUUUCGGAUUUGUAUCCGGGCAAGGCUUAUGAUCCUGUCUCCACUUAUGGCGGAAACCAAGUUGUCGCCAACCUUUCCCUCACGCAGGACCGUACGACAGGACAUUGGUGGGUGGCGAACAGAGGUGCCUCCGUGGGAUAUUUUCCGAAGGAGUUAUUCACACACUUGCAAAAAGGAGCGAACUUCGUACGGUACGGUGCGAUCUCAUCGGAUUCCGGUGAUGGAUUCGGUGCUCCGAUGGGUAAUGGUCGGUUUCCUACCGACGAUCUUAGCAAAUCAGCUUAUUUCUCUUCUAUUCAAUUGGUUGGUUCUGAUUUUAAUAACGCUCCCGUUAACGGCGAAAAUAUGAACGUAAACGCCAAAGAUCAAAAGUGUUUCCAAUUGAAUUAUAGGAGCGUCGGUCCAUCCUUCACUUAUGGAGGUCCCGGUGGAUCAUGCCCUCAUGGUUGAUUUGUUUAUAUAUGUUUCCAUAUUUUCCAUGUUAUGGUUGGUCCGGCCGAUCAAU